CCCCGCCCCGCUCUCCCUCCUCCCUUCCCUCCUCGGGGCUCCAGUAGAGCGCGCGGCCCGGCCCGGCGGCUGACUUCCUCCUGCGGCCCCAGCGCGGUGGGGACCCCACCCCGAGCACCCCCAGACCCAGGACUCGGGACCCCCCAUUCGACGCGAUGAAUGACUUUGGAAUCAAAAGCAUGGACCAGGUGGCUCCUGUGUCUGGCGCUUACCGAGGGACCCUCAAGCGCCAGCCCGCCUUUGACACCUUCGAUGGCUCCCUGUUUGCCGUCUUCCCGUCCCUGAGUGAAGAGCAGACCCUCCAGGAAGUCCCCACCGGCCUGGACCCCAUUUCUCACGACUCAGCCACCUGUGAGCUGCCGCUGCUCACGCCCUGCAGCAAGGCUCUGAUGAGCCAGGCCUUGAAGGCCACCUUCAGCGGCUUCAGGAAGGAACAGCGCCGCCUCGGGAUCCCCAAGAACCCCUGGCUGUGGUCGGAGCAGCAGGUGUGCCAGUGGCUGCUCUGGGCCUCCAGCGAGUUCAGCCUGGCGGACGUGAACAUCCAGCGGCUGGGCAUGGAGGGCCGGGUGCUGUGCAACCUGGGCAAGGAUCGCUUCCUGGAGCUGGCACCCGACUUCGUGGGGGACAUCCUCUGGGAGCACCUGGAGCAGAUGAUCAAAGAAAACCAGGAAAAGGCAGAAGAACCGUAUGAAGAAGACGCCCACCUCAACGCCGUGCCCCAGUGGGUCAGCAGCAACUCGCUGGGUUUUGGCAUGGAUCAGACACCCACCUAUGGGGUACAGGUGCCCAGCUACCCCAAAGGUGGCCUCCUGGACAACUUGUGCCCACCCCCGGGGGCUCCCAGCAGCCUCAGCUCCGAGCAAGACUUCCCGCUGUUCCCCAAGUCCCGGCUCAGCACCGUCAGCGUCAACUACUGCCCUGUCGGCCAGGACUUCCCAGGAGGGAGCCUCAGCCUUCUGGCUGGGGGUACAGGCAAGGCCGGAGACCGAGAGGCCCCCGAGGCCGGUGGGGACAGCUUCGAGGGCUCCGACUCACUGUUGCAGUCCUGGAACAGCCAGUCAUCGCUGCUGGACGUGCAGCGGGUACCGUCCUUUGAGAGUUUCGAGGAGGACGGGGCCCAGCCGCUGGGCCUGGCCAAGCCCACCAUGUCCUUCAAGGAUUACAUCCAGGAGCGCCGGGACCCGGCCCAGCAGGGCAAGCCCGUCAUUCCUGCCGCCGUGCUGGCCGGCUUCACCGGAAGCGGACCCAUCCAGCUGUGGCAGUUCUUGCUGGAGCUACUCUCAGAUAAAUCCUGCCAGUCUUUCAUCAGUUGGACGGGAGACGGGUGGGAGUUCAAGCUCGCGGACCCAGAUGAGGUGGCCCGGAGGUGGGGCCGGAGGAAAAACAAACCCAAGAUGAACUACGAGAAGCUGAGCCGCGGGCUGCGGUACUACUACGACAAGAACAUCAUCCACAAGACGUCGGGCAAGCGCUACGUCUACCGCUUUGUGUGUGACCUGCAGAACCUCCUUGGCUUCACCCCCGAGGAGCUGCACGCCAUCCUGGGGGUGCAGCCGGACACGGAGGACUGAGGCCGGCGGGUGGGCUGGGAGGGGACUUUGAGUGCGGCCACCUCAUCCGACGGCCCCAAGGACCCGCGAGGCCACGGACGUGUCCAGGACACGUGGCCCAGAAGCUGUGGCCUGAUCUCAUCCUGACCCGAGGGGCAGCACAGGGGACUUUGGGUUGCUUUCUGGCCCGUCCCAAACCCGGCGGCUUCCAGAACA